GAUAAAAGUGAUGUUUGCCAGUAGACAAAUCUGGAUGACGAAAUACGUUUUACCCAUUCAUAAGGAAUAUGUAAAUUAGGGGAGCACGUGUUUUGUAGUACCAGCCAAGGUCUCGUGUGUAAAUUGUAAUGUGGGGCUGUGUAGGUACCAGUGGCUGGCAGGGGAUGAUAGAAGAAAGGUAAUACCAAUACCUUACUAUGUUAUUAAAUGUGUUUUAUAUUAAUUUCAAUGUUUCAAACUUGUUUGAGGCUAAUUCAUUGGGUGAAAGUUUAUGUCUGCAUUAAGGUGACAUGUGUUCGGUUGAUUCAAAUCAAAAUGAAAUCAGCCACAAAAUGGCCAUGCAUAUGAUAUUGCAAACAUUCACCAGAGGAGGCUGAGACACGUUUAAACAUUAGCAAGGACAAGGGACUUAAGGGGUCAGCGGGGGUCAUUCUCAGACCCAGUCAGCCCAGGAGACGCGCGGUCUCGAAAAGUACGAGAAACUCGGCAAGCUAGGCGAGGGCUCCUACGGCACCGUCUACAAGUGUCGAAAUCGAGAGACGGGUCAAAUCGUGGCCAUCAAGAAGUUCCUCGAGGCAGAGGAUGACCCGGUCAUCCGUAAGAUCGCUGUUCGAGAAGUGCGCAUGCUAAAGCAACUGAAGCACCCGAACCUGGUGAACCUGCUGGAGGUGUUCAGGCGCAGGAAGCGACUUCACCUGGUGUUCGAGUUCUGCGACAGCACCGUGCUGGAUGAGCUGGAGAAGUCCAACAAAGGCAGGAUGAGUGAGGAGCGGGCGCGGAAGAUCAUCUGGCAGGUGCUUCAGGCGGUUAACUUCUGCCACUCGCGCAGCUGCAUCCAUCGAGACGUGAAGCCCGAAAAUCUGCUCAUCUCCAAGGACGGCGUCGUCAAGCUCUGCGACUUUGGCUUCGCUCGCAGCAUGAGCGGCCAGGGUGAGAACCUGACCGACUACGUGGCCACGCGCUGGUACCGGGCUCCCGAGCUGCUGGUCGGCGACACUCAGUACGGGCCGCCGGUGGACGUGUGGGCCAUCGGCUGCGUGCUGGCUGAACUGGUGCGCGGCCACGCGCUGUGGCCCGGCCGCUCCGAUCUUGAUCAGCUCUACCUCAUCAGGCGGACGCUAGGCGAGCUUCUGCCCCGACACAUGCAGAUCUUCAAGGCGAACAGGUUCUUCCGAGGCAUGAGCAUCCCGGAGUCGGAUAAGAAGGACAGUCUGGAACAGAAACUCUCCAAGUACUGCAGCAAGGAGUGCAUGGACUUCGUCAUGCACUGCGUAGACAAGGAUCCUGAGACGAGGCCCACGUGCGCUCAGCUGAUGAAGCACCCCUUCAUGAAGGUCAUGUCGGAAAAGUCGGCCGGCCGUCUGCCGCGCCUGCCGUCUGGUCAGGGCAGCUCGGCACCGCCGGCCGGUAAGUCGCCCGACCAGCGCCGCUCGCCAGCCACCAACGGGUCACUGCCGCAAAUCAGGGACGGCCAGACCCUGCAGCCGGCCGCCCCACAGCGCGAGAAAGCCGUGUAGCGCCGCUGAUGGUCGGGAGAGAGUGAUGGGGAAGAGGUGCCGGUACAUACCUGGCACGGGUCUUCCCUGAGCUGAGGACUAGUGCGCAGUAUGUCUAGCUGGGUGUGUUGUGCUAGACUGCCGUUGUUCGUGUACUCGUAUGUGUGCCAGGUAUGGUAAAAAAAAAUGUUAGUAAGGAGUGUCAGAGUGCAUUCUCGAAUGUCGUGCUCCAUGGUAUGAUGAGUGAUAUGCGACACCGGUAAUAGGUAUAAGUAAAAUGGGUGUAAAGCGCUUAGCAUCGGUGCAGAACGCCGCGUCUUCUGCUUUCUUUGCUGUACUUAAUUGUUACCGGGUGUUCUCUGUGCGUUUGCCGUGGUAAUUAUUCGUUAAAUAUGUGAUGUUUAUUGAUUCAGUCGAGCACCCAGGCGUGUGCAGGGCGUGUGCUCCGUGUAACAAGCCUUUGUUGGUGUUUACUUAUUUGACGCCCCUAUUGACGGGUUGUGUCUGAUUGUUUUGUUCAAUGACUUCUUCAUGCUGAAUAAAACUUCGACUAUUUUUCUAAA